UAUACAGCUAAACUGCGCUUGAAAAUAGAUCGCUACAGCUGAACUAUUUACUAACUCAGAGAACCACAGACUCGUUCGGUUAAAUCAUUUCCCACAUUGGGUAAACUCAGUUCUUUGUGUGAACAUUAAAGACAAUGGAGGCGAAAAUUUUGUGUAUUCUUGUGGUGUUUUGCUUUGGUAUAAGCGCGAUAGUUGGUAAGCCAAUUCUGUAUUUUGAUGUAGUAACUAACGAAUGUUUAUAGGUAGUAUUUUGUCUGAACUACUUUCAUUAAAUAGAUUAGAAGCACUUCAACGUUUCAUCGAAAUCAGGAAUUUAGGAAUAGUAUAAUGCCGUCUUGACGAAGAGCCUUCAAAUACUGAAAUACAAUCUAAACGUAUAUAAUGAUAAUCUGAAUGACUAGUGGCUGAUAAAUGACAAUAAUCAGACAAUAAUCUGGAUUGAAUGACUCGCUCUAUUGCGGCUAAUCGCUCUUCCUAUUAUUUUAAUAGUAUACACUGUUAUACAAGUCUUGGUUCCCUUAUAGUUAAUACCGCGUAUUUAAAUCCUUUCUCAAUGUUUUGUUUUUCCCAAAUCCUAUCAACAGUUAGUGACCAUGCACAUUCACAUUUAGGACGCAAAACACUUUUCUCGAAUAUUCAUGUAAAUUGUUGAUUUGCAGCGGCGGAGAUAAAACGCGGAUCCGGAAUUACGAGAUACGGAAUAGGAAACAAAAAAUCGAAUAAAGAUGUACGUGAUAACUAUAGCCAGGUUGCCGCUGUAACUUAAAAUUCGUAAUAAAUAUGUAGUACGCGAUGCUUAAUUUAUUAGCCGGAUAAUGUUUUCAUGGUUGAAAUACAGCUUUGUUAAACAAGCAGAAAUGUCAGAAAUUGGCGGAGGGGGAGGGUGGCGGUUGUCCCCCUGGUCCCGCCGCCUAGUGUCCGCCAGUGUACUAAAAAGCAACUUCAGCAUCUCUACACACUUGCCCCUUUGUUAGUUUGCCCUCAACCCCUCUUGGUCACAACUUUUUUCCAUGUAUUAUUACUUAGAGCUGUAUUGCCUGUGAUUGUUUUUAUAGGUCAACAAUGUGCUGACAAAUUGAAUUACUGUUCGCAAUGGCCUGACAGUUAUUGUACGGAUUAUCUGGAUUACAUGAAGACAAACUGCCCUAAGAAAUGCGGAUAUUGUACAACAGGUAUUGAGUCUUGACUAUAGAACAAAAGUUAUUCCGAAUAAGGAGUGCAUAAUAAUAACACACAAUUUAUGAAAACUGUAUAUUUCGAAUCAAAUCUGAUUCAUCUUCACUUCAGCAGUGUUUUGUAAGAUAUGAUUGAGUAUUGAGUGUUCCUAGACAAACCAGGAAACUUUGAGUUAUGGAGUUUCUCUGCAUUUCUAUUGUUUUUGCGCGGUUAACAAGACUGCAAUGUUUUUCUUUUAGUUCCAACUACAGUUCCAGGAACAGGAUGCUCAGAUAAACAGUCGCAAAGUAACUGUGUCCGUUGGAAGAAUUCUGGUUACUGUGCCGACGGUCACAAAUAUCAACAAUACAUGAAAGAUAACUGUAAAAAGACAUGUGGAUUUUGUGGUAAUGUAUUUUUAUGCCUAAUAUUUCAUUGAGGUUAUUGAACAGGGUUCGUAGCGGUCUUUGAAAUCCUUGAAAGUCUUUAAAUUUGAAUGCAGGUCUUUAAGGUCUUUGAAAAGUCUUUGAAUUGUGUGAAAAAGCGAAGAAAGUCUUUAAAAGUCUUUAAAUUCUUCAGUGAGUAUUUGAUUAGACGAUUUCCUAGCUAAUAAAAUAAAUUGAUUGAAGCAAGAUUUUCGCAAAUAUCGACGAAAAGGCGCAUUUUAGGAUGUGAUUUGACAGGACUAAUUACCCGCGGGUAAAAAUGGUGCUCACACUCGCAAUUUUUCGACAGCUAAUUGCUCUCAAAGGUAUUUGAAAAGUCUUUGAAAAUAGGCAGAAAAAAUCCUUGAAAGUCUUUGAAUUUUUUUGGUCUUGGAGACUACGAACCUUGUUGAAUUAAGAAAAGACCAAACUGUGGGGUACAAUGCAUGCAAGGGUUGAAAUUUUUUUAGUCGCAUGAGGGGCUACCAGUCAAUAAUAUCUGAUCUGGUCCGAUCAUGAGGGCUGGACUAGAUUUCUUAUCCCAUACCUGUGUUAAAAGCGGCUUUCUGAUUGGUUUAGAGCAGGUGAGCUUGUCGUCGAGCUCACCUGCUUUUUGCCGAACUCACCUGCUUUUCGACCGAGCUCACCCGCUAAACUGCUUACGUUGCAAUAACAAUAACAAAUAUGGCGGACAAGAUUUAGCCGAUAAACCUAAACUUUAAAGAACUUUUUUCGGUGACUAACAUACUGAGACUGAAGAAAAACCAAAGAUAAAAUGCAGUAAAGGUAAUGUAGACGUAGAUAAAGAAGUAUUUUCUUGCCCAGUGAUUUUUUUGGCCGGGAAAAUGUUCACAAAACAUCGACGAGACGACGAAUAUAUCGCGAAGAGCUACAAAUGUGUGUAUGGCUCGGUGUAUGGGAUAAAAACCAAACGUACUUGCAGCUUCGGUGAGUCCGGGAUUGGACGCACCUCGGGUGGCAGGAAGUUUCCCGAACUCACCUCGCUUCGCUCGGUAAGUUCGGGAAACUUCCAGCCACCCUCGGUGCGUCCAAUCCCGGACUCACCUCCCUGCAAGUACGUUUGUUAUAAAGUCCGCGCAAUUUGAUCCGGUCCGAAGCGAAGCCGAAGACUGGAUCAAAAUGCGAGGACUUGAAAUCUAGUCCAGUCCGAAUUGGAGGAUUUGAAUUGACAUCUCAUUUGAAUAAAUCACUACUUAAAGUGAGGUGAAAUAAAACUACAAAGAACAUAAAAGCAUAAUUUAUUUUUUAAAACUACAUCAGAUCAACUCGAUGCUUAAUAUAACAUUUUCAUAACCCGAAUCUUAAAUCUAAAGUGUAAUUAUUAUAAAUUGAAUUAAUCUUUUAAAGGAGGUUCGACUAAACCCACGGGUGCAACAACUAAACCAACAAACCCAACUCAGCCAAGUGGUAAGUUAAAAAUAAAAGCUGGUUUCUAUCUCUUUUAAAAUUUCUUCAGUG